AGCAUGAUGACAGAUAAACAAAAACAUGGACGCGUCUAGCUGAAUUUGGGCUCUGCACAGUUUGCGUAAAAAUGUUUUAAAGCAAUCAUGGACUACAAGCCCAACUUUAUCUGCUUCGACCAGGUGUGCCGGAUCUGCAUGAAGAGCAGCCAUGAGCUGCAAUCGAUCUUCGGCCUGCCGGAAAACAUUCCGGAGCUGGUGCGGCUGCUGUCGCAGGUGGAGGUCCUUGAAAGUGACGAUCUACCGAAGCAAAUCUGUCCGGAGUGCGUGAGCUACGCGGAAAGUGCGGUGGAGUUCAAGGAGCGAUGUAUCCGGUCGAACCUGACGCUGCAGGAGUAUCUGGCUGGCACGGAUCACAAGCAGAUCCUGAAGCAGGAGCCGGGGCUGGUGGGUGAUGAGGACGGGAUUCCGCUCGGGCCGGAGUUUAUCAAGUGUGAGAUUGAUGAAUCGGAGGAUGGUGGGGGGAAUGACUUUGAGAUCGCCGAUGGGAACGAUAGCGAGGACAGUGAGGAGCGAGAUGGGGAGGAGGUGGAAGUUGAGGAAGAGGAGAGGAUCGAUCGACGGAUCAGGAGGAGGAGAACGAGGCGGCAGGUGGUGGAGGACGAGGAUGAGGAUUCCGAUGAUGAGCCGUUGAGUUCGAAGAGGACACGGGGAGAGACUUACGGCUGCACAAGAUGCGAGGAAAAGUUCCGGAACAAGGCGCACAUCAAGUUCCACAUCAAGAGCGACCACGCGGACGAGAAUACUCCACCGGAAGACAAAAUCCGUCGCUGUUUCUACUGCCCCAAGUCGUACUCGAACUACGAGCUGCUCAAGAUCCACCUGAACUUCCACCCGCGCAGCGAGUGGAUCUGCCCGAUGUGCGGCAAGGAGCUGAAGAAGAAGGACAAGUUCAUCGAUCACCUGCGGAUGCACGCCAACGAGCGGCACUACAAGUGCGAGGUGUGCGACAAGGACUUUACCUCGCACAAGUACAUCUCGAACCACAUGAAGAUGCACAAGCGCAAGGGCGAGAAGGUGGGUAAGUUUAAGUUCGAUGAAUCCAGUGACGAUAGUGAGUACGAUCCGGAGGAAGAAGACGAAGAGGAGGAAGAGGAAGACGAUGGUAGUUUGUCGGAGAGGGAAGAGAGAAUAAAGAAUGCAUACUCGUUGACUCCGGAAGCUCCAACCGACUGCCCAGUGUGUGGUGAAGCGUUCGAUCGCGUACUGUCUGUCAAGUAUCACAUCGACAGCGAGCAUGUUCCGCUGGAUGAGUCCACGCCGAUGGUGCACCACUGCGUAACGUGCCAGCGGAACUACAUGACGUUCGAUCAGCUCAACAGCCACAUGAAGCUGCACGCGGAGAAGAUCUGGAGCUGUCCGGAGUGCAAGAAGCAGUUCCGGAGGUUGGACAAGUACAGGGAGCACCAGAAGAUCCACCACGAUGAUCGGAGCUUCCUGUGUGUGUACUGUGGGAAGGAUUUCCCUACGACUAAGUAUAUGAACCGUCACCUGCAGUCCCACCUGAAGGAGAAGGUCCAGAAGCCGGAGGAGGAGUUCGAGUGCGAGGUGUGCGGCAAGAAGAUGAAGUACAAGUCCAACUACACAAACCACAUGAAGACGCACGGUCCGGAGCACUCAAAGCCGAUCAAGGCAGACCCGGACUCACCACCGAAGAAGAUUUAUCUGUGCAGUAUUUGCGGCCGCAAUUGCGGAUCGUCGAGCAAUCUGACCGUGCACAUGCGACGCCAUAACGGCCAAGCCAUCUGUUCGUGUUCAGUGUGCGGAAAGGGCUAUCCGAGGAAAGCUGAUCUGGUGAUGCACAUGCGGAAGCAUACAGGAGAGAAACCCUAUGAAUGUCCAACGUGCAACCGCGGAUUCGCGAGACGUGACAAGCUACGUAUUCACAUCCGGACUCAUACUGGAGAGAAGCCAUAUGCUUGUCCCUGUGGACGCGCCUACGCUCAGAAAAACGAUCUCAAGACGCACCAGAAGCGCAACACGUGCGGCCAAAACUUUGACAUCACAAAGCUGAUGGCGCCCUACCAGCCGUCGAUCUGCGUCCGAGCUCCACCGCCAGCCCAACCCAAGAAACACUCCAAGUCCCGUGCCGCACCAGCUCCAGCCGCUCCGGAACCACCUCCACCACAGCCACAAACUUCCAUUCCGUCGACCUCCCAGCACCAGAACCAGCAGCAGCUUCCGUACUCAAACGCCUCCACGUACGCGGUUCCGAUGCAGCAGCAGUCACCGGCCCUGGUUGGGACGCACAGCAGCGUGUCCCAGUCGCCCAGUCAUCACGAGCUGAGCCGGAUGUCGGAUUCGGUGCCAAACAGUCCGGUGGAUUUGAUGACCCGGCAUCAGGCGUUUGGAGGGGGAGGAGCGUUCCCAGGAGGGAUGGUGGGACCGUCCGGGAACUUUGCCAACCCGUACCACCCGUCGGCGGCGCAGGGUUAAAAGUUGAAGAGGGCGGAAGGCAUCGGAUGCCGGAUUUGAUUUGACUUUGAUUGUGAUGUCGAUUCGUGGAGAUUCUUUUAAGUUUUAUAAGUUUUUCUUAACAUGCAAUCGUAAAAAUAUCCCGGAUUGAGCAAUAAAUUUGCUUUUAAAAAACUA